GUGUUUUUUUUCUUUUUCCUUGUCCUUUUCUUAUGUAAAAACUGUUACAAAAUAUGUGGAGUGCCUGCUACAAGUGGAUAAAAGGCAACAGCACUUGAAUGAAAAGUCUGACUAAAAAUUACAUUAUUAAUAUAUCUCAACCUAGAAGUAGUCUAUCUGGGAGCAGUUGAAAGAUGGAUUCCAGUGUUCCCCUGUUCCUUCGCUAUCUGUUCCUGGUCCAAACCCCACUGUACAUGCAUGGAGUGGAGGUGUCUGUCACACUCCUGGCUUCACUGCUGCAGGAGAUAGGCUGGGAGAUUCUCCAUCCCUUACAGAGGCAAUGGGAGCUGUUGACUGCUCUGUGCUGGGCUAUUUCCAGGGACUGGGGAGAGCUGACCAAGUGGCUGCUUCAUUCAGGAAGGAGGUGUAGAUUCUGAGUGGAGCCCCUGAAUACACAGCUAUGUUAUCUACAAAGGAGCUGGCAGGCCGCAUCUCUUGCAGCAGGGAUGAAAUGGUCCAAGAUAUUUGGAUCAAUGCUGCUUGCUGUAAUGAAUGAAGCCUUGUAUGGAGGGGAUCUAGUCUGUCAUCUCUGCCCUUUUUGUGCUUGUUUUCCUAUGAAGUACAGGUAAAUUCACGUUGUUUCUGCUACCCGAUGUUUGAUAGAAGUACGAGAAGAAAAACGACCUAUUUUCCAGGUUUAAAGGAAAGUAAAUGAAACUGUCCUCAGGGCAGCAGAAGCAAAGACUUUUGUGUCAAGCUGUAGUGUUGUGGGCAGGACUGCCAGGCUGCUAAAGGCUCUUCAGACCUGGCAGCCUUUCCCAGGGACUGCUCAUCUUUUAACAGCAUUUUUGGUUUGUUUUUUUUUUGUUAGUUUUUUUUGGGUGAUUGGUUGGGUUUUUUUCAAGUGUCCACAAUGAUUGCAGCCUCUCUCAGACCAAGGGAUCUCUUAGAACUUACUGGCUUGUUUCUGCAGUAUUUGACAAGAUCCCCUUUUGCAUGUGAGAAUAAAGAAGUCUGAGUGAAGGUCACUGAGGCACUUCUGCUAUAUACUUCAUGAAAUAUUUUGAACUGGGCAUGUCCAGUUAGCGAAGGCUCAGGUUGGGGAGUUAUGCUUUUGUUUGGUCACUCCUAACUCACUUUUAUUGCUAAUUUGAGUAGAAGCUGGUGCAGAAUAGACAAACUGUUGGUGGAGUGAGUGUCCUGAAAUGCUGGCUAUCCAGUCUGCUCCUGUCAUAGGACACCAUUAGAAGCAUCACAGCAGGUCUGUUGACCUUUGGUUCUAUGUCCUCCUGCAUCUAAACCAUGUCCUCCAGCAUAGUUAGGGGAUCUUUUUGCUUGCUGCAUCCUGGGGUGAACACCCUGUGAUUAUACAGUGUUAGGUGGGCAGUGGUGUGCUGUGCAGUAAUUGAGAGCAGCUUUCAAAUCCGGUUUUGCUUGUGAAUUAAAUGGGUGCUUUCACUGAGUGAGAAUUGAAUCAGCACAUCUGAAAGCUGUAGAAGUUGUCUCCUUCCAUUGAGAAAGCAAAAGUGGCUUGUGGAAGCGUGUGUAUUUGGGAAUAGUGAAUCUGGGCUGGACCCCCAAGUUACAUGUGGUUUUUGGGUUUUUUUAAUAGUACACUGUGUUGGAUGUAUUCCAAAGAUCCUGCUUGUGUUAUGGGCUUAAGUUAAGACUUGCUUGACCCAAGCAUAGAAGGGAUGCUCAGCAAGAAAUAGGCAGGCAGUGCAGAAGAACAGAGCUUUACUUGCAGGGCCUGAAUAUAAUAAAUGACAACAUUUGGACUGUCCUCAGCACUGCUCAACCAAACAUACAAGGGGCUGAGUUAAUCUUCCAGUAAGAGUACAAACUUAUAAUAUAUCUCAAGGGAGGUAUUAAACUUUUGUCUGCAGUUUUGACGCUUAGGGAGAUCUUCAGAGAAGUUUAUAAGCACUAGAGAAGGUACAUCCUGUCUCUGUAAACUUGACUUUUUCCAGGUUUUUGGGCUCACCUUUACUGCUGCACUGAUAAGUACAGGUCUUCAUUUGACUCCUGCCGUUAUCCAUUAAUUCUUUUUCUCCAGUUAGAGAUUUUUCUUAAGGUCUCAGUGACCAGUUUCUGUUGGUAUGGUUAGAGCUGUUCUGCUGAAGUUAGCUGUGUGCUGUAGACUUGGCUACUGGACACUGGAAUUAAAGUGUCUCUAAGCUCUUGUCUAAGGGUGGUUUUUUACUGUCAUGCAUCUCCAGGUAGGCAACUUUCUCCAUCCAGCACAAAUACCUCGCUUCCUUCAGCCCCUUGCCUUGCAUUUGGUUCUCUGCACCUGUGUCAUUUAUUCUAGGUCCCGAUCUGCUCUGAAAUCCCAACAAGGCUCAUUUUACCAAGGAAAUGCAACCACAGUCUCUCCAGCACUUGCAGCACCUAGCGAGGGUAUGUGCUCAGCAGUGCCAGCAUCUCAAGGAGGAGAAGGCUGUGAGCAGCCCGCAUUUGGGAUGUGCAGCAAGGGACCCCCAUCUUGAGGGGCCAGAUCAGCACUCCACCACAGAGCCAGUGCUUCAGGGACAAGGAGAAUGUACCAGUUAAAAUUGUCCCAUCAGACCCAGUGGCAGCCGUAAAGCCCAGCCAUGUCCUCAGGAAGCUACCAGCCACUGGUGUAAUGGGGAAGAAACAGAAGAAAAGAUGCGAAUGUGCUCACAUGUAAAGACUUUUUGACAAAGAUCUGGGCAAGUUCUUGGUGCUUCUGGGCUCUUCAGAAUGAAGGACAGUCGGCCCAAUAUGUCAAGACCUCUGAUCACUAGAUCCCCUGCAUCUCCAUUGAACAAUCAAGGCAUCCCCACUCCAGCGCAGCUCACAAAAUCCAACGCACCAGUUCACAUUGAUGUGGGUGGGCACAUGUAUACCAGCAGCUUGGCCACGCUUACAAAAUAUCCCGAUUCCAGAAUUGGCCGGCUUUUUGAUGGCACAGAGCCCAUUGUCCUCGACAGUCUCAAGCAGCAUUAUUUCAUUGACAGAGACGGGCAGAUGUUCAGAUAUAUCUUGAAUUUCUUAAGGACAUCGAAACUCCUCAUUCCUGAUGAUUUCAAGGACUACAGUUUGUUAUAUGAAGAAGCGAAGUAUUUCCAGCUUCAGCCCAUGCUGGGAGAAAUGGAAAGGUGGAAACAGGACCGGGAGAGUGGCCGCUUCACAAAGUCUUGUGAGUGCCUGGUGGUGCGGGUUGCCCCAGAUCUUGGAGAGAGGAUUACACUGAGUGGCGAUAAGUCAUUGAUAGAAGAAGUGUUUCCAGAAAUCGGUGAUGUGAUGUGUAAUUCUGUCAACGCCGGCUGGAAUCACGACUCAACGCACGUCAUCCGAUUUCCACUGAACGGAUACUGUCACCUCAACUCAGUUCAGGUACUUGAGAGGUUACAGCAAAGAGGGUUUGAGAUUGUUGGCUCAUGUGGAGGUGGGGUGGACUCUUCCCAAUUCAGUGAAUACGUACUGAGACGAGAACUCAGAAGGACAUCUCGUGCACCCUCUGUCAUUCGAAUAAAGCAAGAGCCUCUGGACUGAAAUGGACAUGUUUCUUUAUGCAGAAAAAAAAAAAAAAGAAGAAAGCAAAGAGGAAAACAAAAGGGGACAUUUCAUGUGCAGUUUGGACUCCAAACAAGUCCUGGAACUAAAAUUGAAUAAAAGACGCAUUUAUAUCGAAUAUAGAGACCACACCUGAAUUCAUAUGGGAACACUUGGAAUAGUAGUGAUAAUAAUAACCUCAAGAUAUAAAAGAAAACACACACACAUAAAAAAUAUGUAUGUAUAUGUAUGUCUGUACAUAUAUAUAUGUAUGUAUAUGUCAAGGGGUAGGAAAUGCAAUGAAAAAAAAGUGGUAGAUGAGGUUGGUGCUGUGAUGGCCAUUAAGUGUCCUAGGCCCUACCCGGGCCCACUUAACGGUGUACAAGCCAUUGCCAUGGGGGGGUUCAUAGACUACUCUUCACCCAUUUUCCAUUGCCAAACAGCCAUCCACUUUUUAAUGUGUACACACCUUGAUUCAACUUUAUUUGCAUAUGGAGGUUUAUGUCUGUCUUUUUUAGAAGUGGUUGGGCAGGUGUUCAGGAGAUGACCAUCCAUGGCAUUGGAAAGCUUGUCAACUGAAUUUUAAAUGUAGUUUGUACAGAAGUCGCACACUUUUUGUCUGCCCUCACAGAUGUGAAAGGUUAACUUUUCUUUUGAAUUAGUUUUUUUUGUUGUUUUUGUUUUGUGUUUUUCAAAGGGGGCCAGAAUAAUUAAUAUUUGGUAGAGAUGCUCUGGUUUGAAUCUGCUGCUUUCCUACAAUUUUUUCAGAUUUUAUAAUGUAUUAAAUACAAUAAACUCCUGUUUAAAAGAACAA